AACACUUUGGCCGUGUUUGUAAAAGGCCGCGGCAGGCGAAGAGAGAAGAGGUGAGGGCGGUCAUCAGCGAGGGGCCCCGGGGCCCGCGGGGGGGCGCAGGGCAGACGGCCAAGAUUUCCAUGUAGGGCAGUGGGAAUCUGUGGAAUACUGGGCAGGAGCUUUGCCAUUGGCUGGUCAGGAAGGAGGUGGCAGAAUGUCUGCAUUGUUACACCAUAGAGUUCAAACUUCAGAAGACUUUGGGUUAUGCAGUGUCAUUUACUCUGCAGGUGAUUGUGCCUUUGCCUGUCCCGUCUGAUCAUCACAAACUAAUGAAACACCUGUAGGUCCUAUGAAUGCAGGUUUUCCAGAUGCCCUGGCAGCUGGCACAGGGUCUGUGAAACAUGGAGCCAAACUCACUGAGGACUAAAGUCCCAGCUUUCUUGUCUGACUUGGGGAAGGCCACAUUGAGGGGAAUUAGAAAGUGUCCCCGAUGUGGCACAUACAAUGGAACUCGGGGGCUGAGCUGUAAGAACAAGACGUGUGGAACCAUUUUCCGCUAUGGGGCCCGGAAGCAACCUAGUGUUGAAGCUGUCAAAAUCAUCACAGGCUCCGAUCUGCAAGUCUACUCUGUGCGGCAGAGAGACCGAGGCCCUGAUUGCCGGUGCUUUGUGGAGCUCGGUGUUUCGGAGACGACGAUCCAGACGGUGGAUGGGACCAUCAUCACUCAGCUGAGCUCUGGCCGGUGUUAUGUCCCCUCAUGCCUCAAGGCUGCCGCCCAGGGUGUUGUGGAAAACCAGUGCCAGCACAUUAAGCUGGCUGUGAACUGCCAGGCAGAGGCCACCCCUCUGACCCUGAAGAGCUCGGUUCUGAAUGCGAUGCAGGCCUCCCCGGAAACCAAACAGACCAUCUGGCAGUUGGCCACAGCACCCACGGGCCCCCUGGUACAAAGGAUCACUAAAAACAUCUUGGUGGUGAAGUGCAAGGCAAGCCAGAAGCAUAGUUUGGGGUAUUUGCAUACGUCUUUUGUGCAGAAAAUUGGUACCAAAAGUUUGCCUGAGCGGCGCUUCUUCUGCUCCUGCCAGACUCUGAAAGCGAGCAAGUCGACCACCCCCAAGGAUGAGGCAGCUCAGAGAUGCAUUCAUUUCUUUGCCUGCAUCUGUGCCUUUGCCAGUGAUGAGACAUUGGCUCAAGAAUUCUCAGACUUCCUAAAUUUUGACUCCAGCGGUCUUAAAGAGAUUAUUGUACCCCAGUUAGGCUGCCAUUCAGAAUCAACUGUGUCUGCCUGUGAAUCUACUGCUUCUAAGCCCAAGAAAAGGAAGAAGGAUGAAGUAUCUGGCACACAGAUGAACAGUUCACUAUUGCCUCAAGAUGCAGUGAGCAGUAACCUAAGAAAAAGUGGCCUGAAAAAGCCUGUGGUUGCUUCUUCACUAAAAAGGCAGGCCUGUGGUCAGCUGUUGGAUGAGGCCCAAGUGACCUUAUCCUUCCAAGACUGGCUGGCCAGUGUCACAGAACGCAUCCAUCAAACCAUGCACUAUCAAUUUGAUGGCAAACCAGAACCACUGGUGUUCCACAUUCCUCAGUCCUUUUUUGAUGCCCUGCAACAGAGAAUAUCCAUAGGAAGUGCAAAAAAACGGCUCCCGAACUCCACCACAGCCUUUGUUCGGAAAGAUGCCUUGCCACUGGGAACCUUUUCCAAGUAUACCUGGCAUAUCACUAACAUUCUGCAAGUUAAACAAAUCUUAGACACCCCAGAGAUGCCCUUGGAAAUCACCCGUAGCUUUAUCCAGAACCGAGAUGGGACCUACGAGCUGUUCAAAUGCCCCAAAGUGGAAGUAGAGAGCAUAGCAGAAACCUACGGGCGCAUCGAGAAGCAGCCGGUGCUGCGGCCCUUGGAACUGAAGACUUUUCUCAAAGUUGGCAACACUUCCCCAGAUCAAAAGGAGCCAACACCUUUCAUCAUCGAGUGGAUCCCAGAUAUCCUUCCGCAGUCCAAGAUUGGCGAGCUGCGGAUCAAGUUUGAGUACGGUCACCACCGGAAUGGGCAUGUGGCGGAGUACCAAGACCAGAGGCCCCCCCUUGAGCAGCCCCUGGAACUGGCCCCUCUGACCACUAUUACUUUCCCGUGAAGCCCAACAGGAGUCUUUUGCUGCUAAGUUUGCACAUCCCCACCCCUCGCCCACUUUAAAUACUGGUUAGCUCCCUUAGGUGGCCCAUUCCUCAGCAAACGGCUCUCAGCCGAGAAGCAGCUGCUCAGAACAUUCAGGUGGGUUCUGCGGAAGGGAAAUUCUUGUAAACAGCCUCUUCAGUGCUGCUGUGUAGUCUUCCUUAUACACUGGGCAGUAUUUCUGGCUAGAGACCUAAAACAAACAAAAAGAAAAUAAGCUCACUUUCCUUCUAGGCACUCACCUUUAGAGUUUGAACUUUUUCUAAUUCUCUAAGAAGUCAGCAGCACUCAACCUUCUACCAACAGUGCUGGAAAGUUAGUAACAGCCUGGUUAGGGCAGAGGGAUAAGAACCAUCCCAGCUGUGUUCCGGCCAUGCUCUGUAUUUUAUUCUCAAAUAAAGCACAGUGUCACUAGUUUUUCCAA